CUGCUGCAGGUUAGUGGGGAAAUAUAUUUAUUUAUUAUUCAGAAAGUUUCAGCAGAGAACAUGAUUCAAUGUUUUAAUCAAUUGGCAGCCAUACAAUGUGGUAAUAAUCUCAAUCUGCGUUCCCAUGAGUAACUGUCUGUAGGUGCGCUGAACGCUGUUACAGGAAGCCACUGUCCCCAUUUCAGUGCUGCCAAAUCCGCGGUUUUCUCUUGGAAUUGGGCUAGUUACACUAUUGACGCGUUUUUUUUUUUUUUUUUAGUCCCCUUGUUGAAGCGGACAUCCCCCCUCCUCAUUUAUGCAAUAAUUUAACAUAUUUACACUCAGUUACACCCACAACUCUCUCUGCGGGAUUUUUUUUUUGUGAUGCAAAGAGGAAACUUCAACAUGUACAACUGAAUUACAACACCACCAUCACUCAUCAGAACUCUGGAGCAUCUUGAGAAGUGUAUGUAAAGUUUAAUGCCAGCAGAAUCCCAAUCCAGCAGGAUGGCAGACAUGUCAACGGAUGAGAUCACAAUCGAAGCCAACCGUUUAACAAAUGAGUCAGUUGAUAGCUGUAGACGAAUGUUACAAAUGACACAGGAGAGUAUGGACGUUGGGGGCAAAACAUUGACAAUGUUGGAUGAGCAGGGAGAAAAACUAAAGAAUGUGAAACUGGAAAUGGACCAAAUCGAGCAGGACGUGAAACAGGCUCGAAAAAACCUGAAUGAACUGUCCAAAUGCUGCGGCCUGUGUCUGUGGCCAUGUAACAGAUUGAAGUCCACCAAGACUGACAGGAGAUAUAAGCAGGGUAAGAAACCAAAGGAAAACAAGCGGAAUGUGGUAUCCAGUCAAGAGAAUGCUAUCCGCAAUGGGCAGGCUGUUUCUGCUGUGUCAGCGGCCUCCUCCGGCCCUUACGUCAAGAGAAUAACAAAUGAUGAACGAGAAGUUGAGAUGGAAGAGGAUCUGAAGCAGGUGGGCGACAACAUUGGAAAUCUAAAGAACAUGGCACUGGAAAUGAAUGCCAAGCUCAGCGAACAGAACCAAACUCUUAAGGACAUCACUGAUAAGGCUGAUAAGACUAAAGCUCACAUUGAUGAAGCCAUCCAACAAGCCAACAAACUUCUGUAGAGAGUGGAGACCGCCAGCAUCGCUCAGGAGCCUGAUUGAUCUUACCACACACUUACACUUAAACUUUCUGCUUCACAGCAAUGAAUUGCGGCAAGUGAGUUAAAGGGUUAGUUCACCCAAAAAUGAAAAUUCUGUCAUUAAUUACUCACCCUCGUGCCGUUUUACACCCGUAAGACAUUCGUUGAUC